AUGAUUAGAAGGUGCGUUUGUUCGCUUAUACCACUUGUUGAGGCAAGAAAUCUCUUUUUCAAUGAACUGGGAAGGCCCCUACCCCAACCUGCUGCCCCUCUACCGCGUGUACUAGAGGCUCUUGGAGAGCAUUACGCACCUUCUUCUGGAGGCGAAGCCUUUGUUGAGGCCGCCUUGAACCAUGUUACCCAGUUAGAUCGUACCGAUGAGGAUUCUAGACAGAUCGCCACGUGGUACCGGGGUUCGACCCCGUCGAGCCCCUCCGGUGUGGAGGGUGGUCGGAUGGUGUUGGCGCUAAUGCGGGCCUAUCCACACAACGUCCUGGUGCGUGAGGGCGGCUGCCGAUGCCUGGCGAAUAUCUCCCAGCUUUCGGCGCCUCCACUCGGCGAGGACGGCCUCGCGGAGUCUUUAGUGCGGGAGGGGGCGGUGGAAGAGGCCCUGGGGACCGCCGCAAUGGCGGUGCGGCUGAGCGGGAGAGGGCGCUCCCAGGUGGCGCUAGCGGUGUUGAAUUUGAUUUGCCUCUCGCGCACGGGCGUCGCGCGGGCCGCCACUGCUGGGGGGGAAUCUAUACUCUCAGAUUUUCUUUUCACCGUUAUGGAGACCGGCGAUCGCGACUCUGAGGCUGCUCGGGCUCGGUCCACGCACGAAAAGUACCCUGUGCAGGAGGGUGGGGAUGCGGGUUUAGUUGGUCUCGGGCGUGAGAGGUGUAUCGCGUUGGAUGCCGCUCUGGGGGCUCUGGCAGGGGUCCUUGCAGCUGAGGCUUCGGAAAAUGCGCAAGGGAUUUCGUACAAUUAUGAGAAGGUCGGCUACGCUACCGUGGAUGCAAUUGUGCGCACACUGCUCAUGUCUUCCAGUUUAUUAUGCCACAUCGCGCGGAACGACGGCAAUAUCUGCGCUUCGUUUCCUCCGCAGCGGUGCAUUGCUGUCAGGUUUUCCGAACUUUCCUCUCACCGGCGAACCGCCAUAGUCAUGUUAUUGCCUCUCCUGCACAAGGGGUGGAUGACGCUUUGCGAUAUAUGCAGCCGCGGGGAAAACAUUCCGAUGGUCUGUGAGUCUCUUUGCACCGCUUCCAGUGUGAGCGAGGGAGAGGAAUCAAGGGACUACGGGAACCUUGCAGAAGGAAAUAGGGAGUUGUUGGAGCCGCUAUCGGGGAAUGCGGUCGUCAGACAGCACGUCGCGCCUCUUUUAUCACAUGUUGUAGAGGCGGCGCGGUUUUUAGUUUCCGAGCUGGAGGGGCUGCAGGAUAUGGGCGAUGCGGGGAUGUCGACCUUACAACGCGAGCUGAGAGAAUCUGUGAUGGCGUGUAUGGAUCGGCUGACCGCAACCCGAACCGACGUGCCGAUAGAAAGGCUUCAGCAUUCUGCUAUCACUGCGUCUGGUGCUGCGGUUGUGAAUGAUGACAUGGAUGGGGUCUCGGUCGUUCUCCCCAUUCCCGCGGUGCGGAGUGUGAUGGAGGUGCUUGUCUCGGGCGAUCUUAGUUAUAUGGCCCUUGCGACGGCCGUCAGGUUGCAUACCCAUUUACGACAUGCCUCCCACGGCGAUGUCGUGUGUUCAGCUGGAUCGGAGGACCUUCCUUGCCUACUCCCGUGGGAUGCGGACGACUUUCGUUUACUUUGCAGGUCCAUCUCGGUUCUCAGCCAUUUGGCGAGGACCGAUGAUGAGGGCGCGCGAUCCGCCAAUACGCUGGCGUCCCUGCAGGUGAUGCUGCGCGGCGCGCUUGAUGGGAUGAAUGCCGUGGCGUCGUGGAAUCCGCACGGCGAUGGCACUCGGGAGAUUUUCCUCGCGGAAUUCUUUCGGACCCCCAUCGAGGCUGUGGGGGAAUCCCACGGGGCUGGGGACGAAGUGGAUGGGGAGGGGCGCAUGUCCGGCCUCCAACUUCGCUCCGACGAGAGGGAGACGGCAUCGCUGCGGUUGUUUUUUACGCAGCAGAUAACGUUGGUGGGUCAGCUCUACGCGGUCCUGUCUGGAGUGCUCCAGGCGCCAGGUGGGGUGCGCACCCUUGCGGAACUCAACGUGAUGGACACCGUCAAGGGGGUGCAGCGCUGUCUGAAUCGUGUCGAUGCUUCUGGGAUGAGGAGGGGAAAGGAGCUCGGGGGGGGCGAUUCAAUGACUUCUUCGUCCUUCGAGGAGGCGGAACCCCCUACGGCGGCGGCAGAGGAGAAUGCACAUGGUGUGGCCAACGGGGAGGGGAUGCCCAGCGGCGUUGAGAAUUCCGUGCACCACCUAAUGAAGUUUGGUGGCAGGUUAAUUUGGUAUUUUGAGACGGUAAACCAGCCUCCCGCUGGUGGUGUAGACCCUGUAAAAUGUGAAAAGUGA